AGACCAACUACAGAUUUGAUCUAGUUGACAAGACACAAUGCACUCAAGUGUCUACUUAGAGCAUGGAGACGCCCGGCUAAGGCACCUAGUACCUGCAGGAGGUGCCGGAGUAAUACUUCAGACAGAUUGCUUUAUAUGGCCAAGCCCCCGCUUAACCCCGGAUACACCCAUGACACCAGUGAGGAUUAAUAUCAAAGCGAACUUCUAGAAAUGAAGGUGCAUGCGGUUUGGAGGGGCGCCUUUGAAUUGCAAUGUAUAAAGAUGUGGGUGCUGUAGGUUGAAUGUUUGUUGGCGCGGUUGCUCUUUCCCACUACAGUACUUCUUAGCCUACUUUACAAUGAGGUAUCUUCCAAUUGCUCUCGCCGCUGCUGCUGCACGAAGUGUGCUUGCGCACCCAGGUUCCCCACAUCCAGAUGCGCAAGGAAGGUACACGAUUGAGGCCGAGGGGAUUAGGGCGCAAUUCAUUCCCUAUGCUGCUACACUCACCAACCUUUUCGUCAAAGACCCGGCAGGCCAGGAGCUAGAUAUCGUUCUAGGUUACGACAACACGUCUUACUACGCCGUCGACCCUGGACACCCCGUCUACAAUGCCAUCCCAGGACGAUAUGUCAACCGCAUUGGCAACGGCGAAUACUCCAUUGACAACGUAACCUACCACACUGAGAAGAACGAUGGCCCAAACACCCUCCACAGCGGUACAAACAACUGGUCCUACAGGAUGUGGAACGUCAGCGCCGUGACAAACUCGUCCAUCACCUUCUCCAUCAGCGAUGCCUCCAACUCUUCGCUCGGUAUGAUCGGGCGUGUGGAUGCGAGCGUCACGUACUCGGUCUCGAAGAACAAGUGGCACAUCUCUAUGGAUGCCACAUCCCCCGAGGCCAAGACGCCUCUCAUGCUAACGCAGCAUACUUACUUCCAGCUUGAUGCCUUCAAACGCCCUGACAACCGCACGGUCUGGAACCACACUGUGUACAUGCCAGAGGCUAAGCGUGCGCUCGUCGCCGAUGCGAACGCUCUUCCCACCGGCGAGAUUGCGCAAAUCCCCGCCGGAGCCAUUGAUGAUUUCUGGUCUGCACCGCAUGAACUUGGGUUCGCGUCAGGCAACGAGGAAUUCGAGAACCACUGCGGCAACGGAUGCCACGGCUACAACGGCGCGUGGGCGUUCAACGAGGCCAGGAACAAGAGCGCAGCGGUGCUCACGCUAUCGAGCGCAUACAGUGGCAUCGAGGCCAAGCUGACGACGAACCAAGACGCCGUUGUCCUCUACACGUGCAACUGGAACGACGGAAAGAGCGAGUUCAAGAGUACGCAGGGUGUUGUGGACCAAGACAAAUUUAUCCCGCGCGACGGGUGCAUUGCUAUUGAGGCCCAAGACUAUGUUGAUGGCAUCAACCAUCCGGAGUGGGGUCGGCUGGGCAAGCAGAUCUCGGGCCCUGGAGACAAAUACCACUGGGAGUCGUCGUGGGAAUUUGGAACGAUCUGACAUGAGACGGUAGCGGCCUUUGAAGGGGCAAGAGGGUGGUGAGGCUAGAAGUGGGCACUGCGUAGGACGGGAUGUAGUAAGCAACAUGUUAUGCAACCCCAUUGACCAAGUGUCAAUAUCUGGAGCCCCGCAUUUGGGCGGGGUGUGAUGCUCGCGUGUCGCCCGACGUCUACUUGGUAGCGAACAGCACAGUGAUGGAGGAAGAAUUUCGCGUGUAUGUUGAUAAUGAAGCGACAAUGUUGGUGGUCGCCGAUUGCGGGCGGGAAUAGCACUGGGACAAGGCCCAAGGUUGGUUCCUGGUAUUGGUAUCGUGGCGGCGCGGGCUAAGCGGCACAAGCUCCAGGACCUAGCUGCAUGCCAUGGCUGCAUAUACAUAGGCCCAGAUGUCGCCAGCACGCAGCCUGUUUGCUCUUCAAUCGUGCACCCUCG